CUAAAGAGGACAUACCCUUAUCCACUUAUAUUGUCCACAACUAAAACUAAUUCCAUCUCCAAGAAAAUAAAAAGAAGUUCAAUUGAGAUGUCUUUCUCUGCAGCAUUACACACCUCCUUCACAUACUCAUCAUCUUUUUCACAAACAAGAACAAGAAAAAGAAGAAUCAAUUAUAGCCCUUUUAUUAUUAAAGCAGAAAAUAAUUCCUCUGAACCAAAAGAAAAUAAUGAGAAGCCAAAAUCUCAACAAGCUGCUGCUGUGGCAACAGCAAUUGAAACUUCCUCUACAACAACUACUGCAACUAAGCCUAAAAAACCUGUCUAUUCUAUGAAGAAAGGUCAAAUAGUCAGAGUGGAUAAGGAGAAGUAUCUCAAUAGCAUCAAUUAUUUGUCUGUUGAUCAUCCACCUUAUUACAAAGGCCUGGACUACAUAUAUGAAGACCGUGGCGAGGUAUUGGAUAUUCGCAUAUUCGAGACAGGAGAAUAUGCACUUAUUGGAUGGAUUGGAAUACCAACUGCACCAGCUUGGCUUCCAACAGAGAUGCUAAUUAAGUCUGAUAAGCUGGAUUACGAGAGAAUAUAGAAGCGAGUUCACAGUUUCAGACCAAUAUAUGCCAGACAAGAGUACAUCAAAGUGGAGCAUCACAUUGACCAUGCUCAUUGAAGAUGAAGAGAGAUGAGACGGACACAUCUCCAGAAUUUACUUUUACUGAUUGCUAAAUAUAUUGUUUUAUCCUUAAAGAUCACUCAACCAUCUCCUUGGUUGACACUAAAUAAUCAUCAAGUUGACUCUUAACAAGCUUAA